AUGGUCCACCUGAUUCCCCUCCCAGCCGAUGCCGACUCGGAGCUCGUUGCCGAGAAGUACUACGCCACCGUCUUCCGACUGCAUGGGAUGCCUUCCGCCAUCGUUUCCGACCGUGAUCCCAAGUUCACCUCGCAGUUUUGGCGGGCAUUGCAGGCAAAGAUUGGCACCGUCUUGCGAAUGUCAACCGCGGCACACCCCGAGACGGACGGAUCGAGCGAGAAUCGGAUCAAGAUGGUCACCCAAACCCUGCGGAUCAUGGUCUCGUCAAACCACGAGGCUUGGGCAUCUCGUCUUGUUGAAGCUGAGUUCGCUCUUAACUCUUCUGUUGCUGUGUCCACGUCGCUGUCGGCUUUUGAGGCAACCUACGGCUACCUUCCUCGACGUUGGCCCUCGGAUUCCUGGUCUGUCUCGGACGUCCCUCGUGCGGAAGCGUUUGCUCGGAUCCGACAAUUACGGAACCUUGACGUGACGGAUGCGAUCAUUGGAGCACGCCUCAACCAGUCCCAUCAGGCCAACAAGCAUCGACGCCCAGACGACCCCGCCUUUCGGACCGGCAGUUACGUCUAUCUUUCGACAAAGAACCUGGCAGUUCCUGACGGCAUGAAGUCGAAGUUGUUGCCGCGCUACAUCGGCCCCUUCCGUAUCCGAGCGGCCAUCCCUGCGACGUCCAGCUACGACCUCGAGCUCCCUCCAGCGAUGUCGCGAGUGCACAAUCGUUUCCAUGCUCGACUGCUUCGGCCUUGCGUUGAGAAUGAUGCUGAAAGGUUUCCUGGGCGUGACCCCGCAGUUCUUUUUGUCGAAGACGUAGCCGACGCAGCCGACAAUUCUGCGAUUCCGGAACGGAUUGUUCGCGAUCGGCGGAACGCUCGGGGCGCUCGUUCGUUCUUGGUUCGAUGGGUAGGCCGUAACGACACCGACGAUACUUGGAUGUCAGAGCAGUCCAUUCGCCUUGUGUCAGGAGCACAGCCUGCACUGCCAUCAAUACUCGAAGGAAGUCUCCCAAGUUUGCGGCCGGAGUCGACAUCAGCUACCGGUUUGUUCGUUGCAAGCAUUGUCGGCGCGAUGGUGUAGUCGUGAGGGCGCGCGGGCGCGCACUCAGUGGUCGAGGGUUCGAUCCGCCCGGAGCGUGAUCUGCCUUUUGGUUUCUUUUCCUUUUUGUUAUCCGAGGCCCGGCUUCGGGGUUUUUACCGGUGCCUUGCAGGCAAUCCUUUUUACCCCUGAAGCGACCUCGUGGUGUAGUUAUUUGAUUCAGUCUUUCCUUCGCUGGGAGCACUUCCCUCCCUUUGCUUUUGCCACCCUUCCCCUAGAGCUUGGUCCACUCAUUAUCAUGACUCGUACCCUCCCUCUUUUUACCCAUUUCGCUGGCAAUUAAGUCCGUUACACUUGAUUUGCUGCGAAGCCUUCCGACCGAAUCCACUCCUCGGUUGCUCUCGGUCGACUGCCGCCGCCCAGCCGACUCGACCUUCCCAUCGGCCUGGUCAGCUAUUUCUUGGAUCGUUUGCCCUUCCUCUUUUGUCCGACCUCGUUGGCCACCAUAGUCCGGUACACUGGACUUGCUGCGAGCCUUGCAGCCGCGUAUCCUCCGCGGUUGCCUCUCGGUCGACUUCCGCCGCCCAGCCGACUCGACCUUCCCACCGGCCUGGUCAGCUAUUUCUUGGAUCGUUUGCCCUCCCUCUUCUGUCCGACCUCGUUGGCUACCAUAGUUCGGUACACUGGACUUGCUGCGAGCCUUGCAGCCGCGUAUCCUCCGCGGUUGCCUCUCGGUCGACUGCCGCCGCCUCGGUCGACACCCCUUUCGCUCCUUCGCGCUUUCGCGCGCUCUCUCGCUCUCUCCCUCGUCUCUCGCGUGUAGUCAUCGUCAUCCCCUCCGACGUUGCCUGUCACCUUGACCAUCCGUCCGUCCUCGACGCCUACCUCGCGCGCCUCGAUCGCUCGAACCGCCGCCUCGCCGCACGGUAG